CAAGGGAACACCUCUCAGCUCAACAGUUCUCAUUCAUUCGCCGGGACCAGCAGACAGCAUCGAUUCUGAACACACACACACACACACACACAGAGAGAGAGAGAGAGAGAGAGAAAAUAAACUUACUCUUUCUUAUUGGACGAUGACACUUGGGUUUACAAAGCCCAGUAACUCGACUUGAUCUCUUCGUGCGUCUAAAAAAUUCCCAGCAGCAUUUUUUUUCCCCCCUCUGCUUUUUUUUUAAAAAGGGGGAGGGUGUGGGAUAUUUUGUUUAUCCAAACACGAGCUUUGAGUUGCGUGUAUCUGUUUCUCUGCCCCUUUUUUUCUCCCUUUGCCUCUCUCUGUUCUCCCUUCAACUGUAAACCGCUACCUACCCCCCCACCCCCUACCCCAACCGAUCAUUAUUAUCACUAGAGUCUGUUUUUUUUUUGGGGGGGGGGGUUGGUAUUUGCUACCGGAUCCUUGACUUGACUGACCGAAAAGAAAAGCUGCAUUCAACGUCUUACUUAACGUGUCUGGUGGGGUUUUUUUCUCUUGGAAGAAAAGAGUGGGGGGGGGAAAGGGAGAGAAAGAAGGAGAGAGAGAGAGAGAGAGAAAAGGGGGAAAAAACAGCUUGUUUUCAUGUUUGGGAUUCAGGAAAAUAUACAAAGAAGUGGGAGCAGUAUGAAGGAAGAACCUAUAGGGAGUGGGAUCAACACUGUCCGCUCUUGGAUGCAAGGAGCCGGGGUGUUGGAUGCAAAUACGGCCGCUCAGAGUGGGGUGGGUUUGGCUCGGGCUCACUUCGAGAAGCAGCCGCCGUCCAACCUCCGCAAGUCCAACUUCUUCCACUUUGUCCUCGCUCUGUACGACCGUCAGGGGCAGCCCGUGGAGAUAGAGAGGACAGCCUUCGUGGGCUUCGUCGAGAAGGAAAAGGAAAUCAGCACCGAAAAGACCAAUAAUGGGAUUCAUUACAGAUUGCAGCUGCUGUACAGUAACGGAAUAAGGACUGAGCAAGACUUGUAUGUGCGACUGAUCGACUCCAUGACCAAACAGGCCAUAGUGUACGAGGGUCAAGACAAGAAUCCUGAAAUGUGCCGAGUGCUCCUGACACAUGAGAUCAUGUGCAGUCGUUGCUGUGAUAAAAAGAGUUGUGGUAACAGGAACGAGACGCCAUCAGACCCGGUGAUAAUUGACAGGUUCUUUUUGAAAUUCUUUCUGAAAUGCAAUCAAAACUGCCUGAAGAAUGCAGGAAACCCAAGGGACAUGCGAAGAUUCCAGGUUGUUGUUUCCACAACAGUGAAUGUAGAUGGCCACGUGCUGGCAGUCUCCGACAACAUGUUCGUACACAACAACUCCAAACAUGGUCGGAGGGCUCGAAGACUCGAUCCCUCUGAAGGUACGCCCUCUUAUCUGGAACAUGCUACCCCAUGUAUCAAAGCCAUCAGCCCCAGUGAGGGCUGGACCACUGGAGGAGCCACCGUCAUUAUCAUUGGAGACAACUUCUUUGAUGGAUUACAAGUCAUAUUUGGUACCAUGCUGGUCUGGAGUGAGCUAAUUACACCACAUGCAAUAAGAGUGCAGACCCCUCCACGGCAUAUCCCCGGUGUGGUAGAAGUCACUCUCUCCUACAAGUCAAAGCAGUUCUGUAAAGGGACUCCAGGCCGCUUCAUCUACACAGCUUUGAAUGAACCUACCAUUGAUUAUGGCUUCCAGCGGCUGCAGAAGGUCAUCCCCAGACAUCCUGGUGACCCGGAACGAUUGCCAAAGGAAGUUAUACUGAAGAGAGCAGCUGACUUAGUGGAAGCACUAUACGGCAUGCCGCACAACAACCAGGAAAUCAUCCUGAAGCGAGCAGCUGACAUAGCUGAGGCUCUGUACAAUGUCCCUCGAAACCACAACCAGCUCCCAGCUCUCAGCAACACAUCUGUCCACGCAGGAAUGAUGGGAGUUAACUCUUUCAGCGGCCAGCUGGCUGUGAAUGUUUCCGAGUCCACGCAGGCUGCUAAUCAGGGUUUCAGUCGUAACACAAGCAGCGUAUCUCCUCAUGGAUAUGUGCCAAGCUCCACUCCGCAGCAGACGAACUACAACUCUGUGACAACGAGUAUGAAUGGAUACGGAAACGCUGGCAUGUCCAACCUGGGAGGAUCUCCUGGCUUCCUCAAUGGCUCUGCUGCCAAUUCGCCAUAUGCCAUAGUGCCGUCCAGUCCUACAAUGGCUUCCUCCACCAGCCUUCCUUCCAAUUGUACCAGUACCUCUGGCAUAUUCUCCUUCUCACCAGCCAAUAUGGUCUCUGCAGUGAAACAAAAAAGCGCCUUCGCUCCAGUGGUGAGGCCACAGACUUCCCCUCCCCCGACCUGCACCAGCGCCAACGCUAGCAGUCUCCAAGACCAGUCUUUUGUGGACUCUAGCAAGUACUCCACUGCAGGGUCACUCCAAGGACUGGCCUUCUCCUGAAAUACCUAUAUCUGGCAUGAUCGUUCCUCCGAUGUAGAGGGGAUGCCAUGCCUCGAAGACUGAAAUAAUAUGCCCACAUUUAGAUGACUUUCUGCUCCAGAAGGAGAAGAGAAUGCACGUCCCAGACAACAAAUGGAACUUUUAACUCAGGCCUUUCAAAGCGGGAUUGUGUAGAACCAACCAACCCACCCACCCACCCACACAAUCAGUGCAACACUUUUUAAACUUCCGCCCUUGCCAUCUCUGAUCAGGCGAUCAGAGAGAAGGGUGACGUUUUACGUAUUUGGUCCCAUAUUUGUGGGGGAAAAAAAUAUUUGUUCUAUGUUGAUAAAUGUUCACUUUUUCGAAUGUUCCAAAACGUUCUUCAACCCAGUUAUUCAUUUUAAUGAAGAGCAAAUGCCUUUUAGAUCCUGUAAACUCCUGAUGGGAUACUGUAACAGAAUGUGACGUUUAAUUUAUAUAUUAAAAAAAGAAAUUGGAUUUCAGUGGAGUGAAAUGAAAAGUUGUGUGUGAAGGCACAUGAAACAAGUAGUGAUAAUAAUUAGGGGGAAACAUUAGAACGAUUAGAGUGUACUAGUUGGUUACAAUCUGUAGAUUGAAAUGGGAUUUUUUGAAACAAAAGUGAAGAUGGGUGUGUACUGAAUUGGAAUAUUGCCAUUUCGAAUCUUGGCAUCGGCUGUUACAGUGCUAAUGCCAUUUCAUGAGACAAAUCUACGUUUCUAGGCUGGUUGAGAUUAUAGUUGUGAAAAUGAAACAGGGCAUGGCGUUAUCUUGCAGGUACCCAGACCCGCUUAAGGUCAGAGAUGGACUAUCCUGAUCCCCUCCUCUCCUGAGGUCAAGAGAACCUCAAGAGAUGCAAAGUUUAGGGGGUGGGUGUGGGGCACAGAUUGACAUUAACCGACUGGCGUUUGGUGCAUUUAUUGUUGCGUGACCAGCCAGCCAUUGUUGCUGUAUCAAAAGCCGAUGCCCCAAGCGUAGUUUUAGUAGAUCCCAAUUGUCUUUUUAAAUUGAACAGGAAAGGUAACAAAGCACAACCAGCCUUCAGCAACACGGGUUUGUAAUUUGUAAAUGACUUUGAAAACCCAAUAUAGUUUUAGCUGCUGUACUUACAGGGGUGAAAAAUAUACUAGUGCUUUGUGGAGACAAACAUGAAAGGGGAAGUUUUUGAAAAUUGCGAUUUUAUUAGCACUGUAAUAAUGAAAAUGCUCUUAAUGUACUUUAUGAAGGAUUCAGCAGAGGUCUGAUGAAGCAUUAUCCAGUUAUUUUCUUCUGUAUUGUGUUUUGUAUGUAGUUAUAAAUAUUGUAGAUUUUUGUGAUUUUUUUCUUUGCCAAAGUUGUUGUUUAAAUAUUUAUACAUUUCAAUGUCUUAAAUACAGUUUUCAAUAUUACAAUGAAUUUUAUUGCAUAAACAUUUUGGUUUUAUUCGUUCACUGGGUGCAAGGAGCUGACUACUUUUCGCUUGCAUCUCCUUGCAUAAUUAAGCAUCGGUUUAAAGACAACGUUUUUUUGUAAAAUAUGCUUAUAAAUAAUGUAUUUAUCUUUGAAAUUUGUACAUUGCUUUUCCCCCCUCCUGCCCCUUCCCCCUCCCGGUUUUAUUUUAAUGUGUAUGUAUGCUUUGUGGGAGAGUGCCGACAUAUUAGGCCAUUCAAAAUUGCUCAUGAGUAGCAAUCGUUUAAAUGUGAUUUAAAAGCGUCUCAUUUGUGUAUCAUUUUAAUUUCCAUUUGGUUUUAUUUUUUUUUCCCCAUCAAGUUGAUAU